UAUAAAAUAUAUUUACAAACAAAUCUGAGUGUAUUUGUUUAUAUCAUUGUCCACUCUCUCUUUCUCUCUCUCUCUCUCACACACAUCCUUUUGGUAUAAGUAGAAAGAAGGAAACAUAUUUUUGAGUCUUUAUUGGGAAUCAUCAUGGCCUCGCUUCCGGUGAAGCCUAUACCUUCCGGCCACUUACAGCUUCUUCACCGGAAUCUCAUUACUCCUCCGUCAAUGAUAUCCGCCGCCGGUUUCAAAAGGCAGCAUAUCUUAGGAGUCCCUUCUUAUCUAUGUAUUGAUGAAUCUGUGAGAAACAUUAGGUCAUGGGGCACUCGUCGGCGGAUAAGCAAAAGCGCUGGUGUGUCUAUGCCGGUGGCUUCCGCUGAGGAUUUGCCGGCAGUUUCUUGGGAAUCGUGGAAGCCUGACAAGACCACCUUAGCUCCGUCGCUAAGUGACGUCAUUUGGCCUGCCGCAGGAGCGUUUGCGGCAAUGGCGAUAAUGGGAAGAAUAGAUCAAAUGUUAAACCCUAAAGGGAUCUCAAUGUCGGUUGCACCACUUGGUGCCGUCUCUGCCAUACUCUUCACCACCCCUUCUGCUCCUUCUGCUCGGAAAUACAAUAUGUUCGUGGCUCAAAUAGGUUGUGCAGCCAUAGGGGUGUUGGCGUUCUCCGUCUUUGGGCCAGGCUGGCUUGCCCGCAGCACCGCCCUGGCCGCUUCCAUCGCGUUCAUGGUCAUCGCUCGUGCCAACCAUCCACCUGCGGCGAGUUUACCACUGCUGUUCAUAGAUGGAGCAAAGUUACAUAAGUUGAACUUUUGGUACGCAUUAUUCCCAGGUGCAGCCGCUUGUAUCCUCCUCUGCUUCCUCCAAGAGAUAGUGUGUUAUUUGAAGGAAAACUUAAAAUUUUGAAAAAUUGGAAACAUGUUUAUAUAUAUGUAUACAACACAUAUUGGUGGAGGGGAGAUCGAUCCUGUGAAGUUUUUUGAUUCAUGUUUAGACGUUUACGUACGGUAGAUGCAUGGUCGACGUAUAUAAAUGAUUACAUACAUACAAAUAUAUAUACGUUUCCGCUAAACUUGUAAUGAUUUAUUUUCCAUUUUCUUGGUCUUUUACGUUAACCUCAAUUCAUUUAAAUAAUAGUAAUGUGUAUCAAUGUAUCAUCGUACAUAUAUAUACCAACACAUGGACAUGGUGGAAUGCAGAUUAAUACAGAAAAAAAAAAGUUAUUUGUUCUAA